GGAGGAUACGAAGAGGAGCCGGAAGUGAGGACUGCGUGACGCGCUUGUUGUUUUUUUAAAUCUCUUUUGACUUUCUCUAGCAAGGCUGGGUUUACUUCCUCUAGCUGCACGCAGCGGCUGAGGGGGCGGGGCGAGGCGAGACUACUUGCCAUUGGUAUUUUGCUGGAGUGAAUUGCGGCCAGGCAAUGAGAACUACAGCCAUGGCGGUAGCUGGUGUGCUGUCGAUGCUCAGGCGCUGUAGUGGAAAGUUAAGAUGGAAUAUGCCUCCAUAUAUAAACUUGCGGAUGAGUCAGCCCUGUGUCUUUAAAUCUUCCAAAUCAGAAGCUUUACUAAAUUUAACCAAGGAUGGGAUAACAUGCGCUCCACUUCAGACAUUUACCGAAGAAGAGAUGAUGCUUAAGGAAAUGGUAAAAAAGUUUGCUCAAGAAAGAGUUGCACCACUGGUACAAAAAAUGGAUGAAGAUGCAAAGUUGGACGAUUCUGUACUACAAGGCCUAUUUGAGCAAGGGUUGAUGAGUAUUGAGGUUGAUUCAGAAUAUGGAGGAAAUGAGUCUUCCUUUUUUUCCACCAUCCUGGUGACCGAAGAGUUGGCCAAAGUUGAUCCGUCUGUAGCACUUGUGUGCGAACUCCAGAAUACGCUUACCAAUAAACUGUUCACAACAUAUGGCACAGAAGAACAAAAGAGAACCUAUUUGCCUAGGCUAACAAAAGAUCUGAUAGGCAGCUUUUGCCUUUCAGAGGCUGGAUCUGGCAGUGAUGCAUUUUCCCUGAAGACACGUGCUGAAAAGAAAGGGGACUACUAUAUCAUCAAUGGGUCAAAAAUGUGGAUUAGCUUUGCUGAACAUGCAGGAGUGUUUUUGGUGAUGGCAAAUGCAAAUCCUUCCGUAGGUUAUAAAGGAAUUACAUGCUUUAUAGUAGACCGUAAUACAGAGGGCCUACAUGUAGGAAAGAAAGAGAAUAAACUGGGAAUCAGAGCAACAUCUACAUGUCCUGUAACAUUUGAAAACGUAAAGGUUCCUGAGAGCAAUAUACUGGGACAGGUUGGGCAAGGCUAUAAGUAUGCAAUUGGAAUGCUCAAUACAGGCAGAAUAGGAAUAGCUGCACAGAUGUUGGGGUUAGCCCAGGGAUGCUUUGACCACACUGUUCCAUAUACAAAGGAGAGAACCCAGUUUGGAAAAAGCAUAUUUGAUUUUCAGGGAAUGCAACAUCAGAUUGCUCACGUGGCUGUACAGCUGGAAGCUGCAAGAUUGCUAACUUACAAUGCAACCCGACUCGCAGAAACUGGGAAGCCAUUUAUAAAAGAGGCAAGCAUGGCCAAGUAUUAUGCAGCAGAGGUUGCAACUCUAACAACAAGUAAGUGUAUUGAAUGGAUGGGUGGAGUUGGCUUCAUGAAAGAUUAUCCAAUUGAAAAAUAUUACAGAGAUUGCAAAAUUGGCACCAUAUAUGAAGGAACGUCAAACAUUCAGUUGAACACCAUUGCAAAAUGCCUUGCUCAAGAGUACUGAGAUACAAAAGAUAUAACUACUGUUACAGAAAAAUCAGAACCAGCUUUGCCUUAUUGGUGGAAUCCAUGAGUUACCUCUUGAUUUCCUAGAUCAAAAUUGCCAGAUGAUGGUAAUGAAAUCCUAUACAAAGUCACAGUAUAAAUGACUGGACAUCUAUGGAUCAUUAAAGUUCUAACUCUUCCAACUACAGUGAAACAAGGGGUUAUGCUUCGUUCUGGAAAAUCUAUCUGCUUUUCUAUGGUGACGUGCUGGGGAUGGUGGAACUGAGAACUCCAGUUGAUUACAGACUGGUGAAAUAUACUGAGACUGCUCCGCAUUACAAUAUAUUCUCAAAUCUUUGCUUUAAUUUGGAUUGAUUUUAAAGAUACAUUCACAGAACCCUUUUUUAAAAGUGAAAUUUGAUAAAGAACUUAAGUAUUCAAUCAAAUAUUUAAGAAACCUCUGGAAUUCUGUUGACACAGGUGAUAAUCUGAACAUGCUAAUUAGAAGACUAUAUAGUAAACUGGUGGUCAAAAUACUUUGCACUACCCAUGUACAUGUCAGUGGGAUUUCAUCAGUGUCAGUGGUCAGAUAGUAAUCAGCUUGAAAACGCUGACAAAACAGGAUGAUAAUUGCUAAGAUGAUUAACCUCCUUGGUGGCUCCCCAACACUUUUCUUGGGGAAAUGGCAUACAUUUUUGUCCCAUGAUUCCUAAGAUGGAAACUGGAGGAAACUGACCCAGAUCCAGGGUCUUUCAUGCAGGUUGUUUAGUAGUUGGGAUACUCUCCAAGGCUACAGAAAAGUAGCAUCUGGUGUUUGUCCUGGGCACCCAAGAGCCAGCAAUUGGAUGCUUGCUUCUGAAUAAGCCUGUUUGUUUUGGUAUAUAAGGUAUGGAAGUAUACUUCAGAGCUCAUCAACGUCCAUGAUAUUACUGCAGUGUAAAUGGUUUGGAGACUGUGGUCAGACAGUCUAGCUCCUGGAUUAUUUAUGUUUCAAAGUGAUUCACAACUAAUCCUCAGAUAUGAGACAGAGACAACCACUCUGUCUCUCUCUCCUCAGACAUGCUGGUAGUGGUACAGUUUCAUGGCCACAAGCACAGUAUGUGAUACUUUUUGUUUGUUUAUUUUAUGCAUCACACUUUUAUACUGCCAAAUCACAAAGACUCAAUUCAAGGUGGUUUAUGAUGAAAAUCAGAAAUCAUUAACAAAACAGUUAAAACAAUUCAAAACUAUCUAAACAUUUGUCCUCCUAGAAAGGGAUAUGCAUUCUCAACUGGCAUCUGUGCCUUCAACAGCAGGCUUGAUGUGCAGAUGUUGGGGUGGGGUGUGCAUGUGUGGCAGACAUCCAGAUUGCACGCUCUCCAUAUGCCGAAAAGCUUCACCUGCUGAUUUCUGUGCCUCAAGCUGCUGUAGACAGUACAAGGGUAGAGGAGGCUUUUGUUUUCUGAUCAGGUGGCAACCCUACAUCUACUGUGGAUUGAAUAAAGUGGGGUGAGUUUGGUUAUGAGGUGCAUGAUUUUCUCCAGUUUGUGUGCAUCUGUGAUAGAAAGUAAGUGAAUAUAAAUGCUUGAGCCUUUUGUUCAUUUGACAUAUAAAUUAUUUGCAACUGAUGAAGCUUAGGGCCAAACUACACAUUACACUGAGUACAUUGUGUGGCUCUACAUCCUUCUGUUUUGCAACUUUUGUAAUUGGUGCCAAUGUAGGGCAAAACUACAGAUCUCCAGGAGGGGGAUAUCCAGAUGAGGAAUGUGGUAGAGAGAAAGGCUAAACCUCCCAGUCCUCCACUCUCAGCCCUGAAUCCUAUCCCCCCAGCUGCUAUUUAAGUUACAAACAAGCAUGCAGGGCCAAACAAUGUAUUUAAUGUAAUUCACACAACUGAUUGAGGGUGGGGGGGCUGUGCAAAAUUGACCUUCCCCCUCCAGAUAAGUAUCCCUCAUUGGUGGUAGGUGCGGACUGUGCGCCUACAUGACCUGCAAUCACUGGAAGCUGGGACGUGCCAUCCUGGCCUCCACGUAUCCCACAAUGCACCAUGUGACAAGCAGUGCCCCCAUGAGACAGGCAGGGUGGGUGCCUGUCCUUGUGUGCUUGGGCUGUAAGCACAAUCCCGGCAGCUGGGUUAAGGGCACACUUAUGCCCUUAACCUUGGGUAAAAACAGGGAUAAAAAGUAAGAUUCGGCUGGGUAGGGAGCACUGGGAUCCACACGGAUUCCAGUGCUUUGCACAUGCAGCCUAACCCUGGCUAGGCUGCUCAUGAGAACAGCCUCACGGUGUGGUUUGAUCCUUAGUUAACAGUGUUGCGAAUACAAUUCUAGGAGCUGGGUCUCACGAUCAGUGAGAUCCGGUUCUGGAAGCUCAGUGGGGAGAGUGGGCUAAGCCCACUACUACUCAUGAGUAACUGCAGUGCGGAGCCGCACCGUGGCUACUCACGAUUAAAAAAAACUGGGUUUGCGGAGCACUCACUCUGCAAACCUGGUUUUAGGGGCUGGCUACUUGAGUGGGUUACCCACUCACGAACCACUGGGCUUGCAGCUGAGCCUUGUGGUUCUCACGAUUGUAUAAAAUCAGGCUAGCGGAGGCUAGCCCGAUUUUCUACAUUCGUGUGAAUAGCUCCUAACUGUAACAUCCAAGUAAAAAAGCUAUGAUUCAAUGUGCUUACAAUGAGAUCAACAGCUACAUCUACACACAUACGUUGACAGGUUUUUGUCAUGUCUUUAUACACAUGUACACACACAGUCAUGAACAGCAACCCUUCUGUGAUGGUUCAAAGCUUGUGCUGCAGCACACAGGAAUGGAGAAGCUCCCUUACACGGAUAUAGUCUUAACCCAGUAUUAUCUAGCAGGAUUGUGCACGAUCACAAAUUCUGUGGUGACUCACUGGCAGAAAAAAGGGGGACACAAAACUAUAAUUAUUUGAUUAAAAACAAAGUGGGUCCCCCCCGCAAGCAGUUUUUACUCCCCAGCAACACAGGAAGCUGCUUUCUUUUGAGUCAGACCAUUGGUCCAUCUUGCGCAGUAUUGUCAACACAGUCAAGCAAUGGCUUCUCCAUGGUUUCAGGCAGGCGUCUCUCAGCCCUAUCUUUGAGAUUCUAGGGAGGGAACUUGGAAACGUUUGCAUGCAAUCAUGCAGGUGCUCUUCCCAAAGCGGCCCAUCUUCUAAGAGGAAUAUCUUACAGUGCUCACACAUGGCAUCUCCCAUUCAAAUGCAAACCCAGUUGGGCCCCUGCUUUGCAAAGGGGACAAUUCAUACUUGCUGCCACAAGACCAGCUCUCCUCCCUACCCUGCCGGAGGUAAGAUACCAGUCAUAUACAUUUCAAAACCAUUUUAAAAUAUAUUGUGAAGAAUUCAGUUGAUUUGUUAUAAAAGUAUGGAUUACUUGGUUUUGCAUAACAGUACUCUUUCCCCAUCCUCUUUUUAUUCUUGUAUUGCAGACAAUAUCUGGCCCUAUCCACCCCCAGCACAGUACCUCCAGUGACUGUUGCUGGUGUUUAUCUUAUGUUUCUUUUAGAUUGUGAGCCCUUUGGGGACAGGGAUCCAUCUUAUUUAUUUAUUAUUUCUCUGUGUAAACCGCCCUGAGCCAUUUUUGAAGGACGGUAUAGAAAUUGAAUAAAUAAUAACAAUAACAAUAAUAACAAUAUAAAUCUGAGUUUAAAACCUU